GCGUGAGAUGAGAAUAUGCUGCACACCCUCGUGAUCCUUGAUCGGGCACUGUCCACAUUAACACGAUGCGGCUGCUGAUAACUUUGCUAGCUGUGUUGAACGUCGGGGCUCAAGUGGGUAUUCCAUCGACCACUAGAAUCCCAGCGACUACGGUCUCGCGCACACCAGCACCCACUCCCCUCACAUCAUGGCCCCCGUCCCCGCUUCCUACGAUUCGACCAACCACAACAAUGUUAGCAUCGCCUCCUCCGAGAUCCAUGUCGCCACCAGUGAUGUCUCCUUCUCCGUCGCCACUGCUUACUGCAUCAACGACGACGUCAAUACCCCCGCCAUCGCUGACCCCGCAAUUGACAAACCUGUCCAACACCAGCAACAUCGUGCCACCAGUCACGACCGAGCUGUCAUUGAUCCAAAUAAAUAGCGACAGGCCAUCAGGGAGUCGAGCAGCAGCAGUCCCUUCCCCCAGCACCACGUCGCCACCGUCGUCGUCGUCGUCCUCUACGACAAUCCUCCUGGCCGUGCUUUGUUCCGUCGUGACGCUGGCAGGCGUCGCGGGCAUCUACUUCUUCGUGUACCGGAACACGGCGUUCAUUUCCGACUACGAGGCGUCGAUCGUGGCGUCGGAAACGCCGUGCCGCCGGUCGUCGUUCGCGGCGACGAUGGGGGCCUCUCACUAUGAAGACAUCACGACGACGACCAUCGAAAUCAACCCCAAGCAGUUGGCGUACGUCAAGGUCCUAGGCAUAGGGUCCAUGUGCCAAGUGUGGCUGGCCAAUUGGAGUCCCAACCCAGCCAUGGACACGAUCUCCGUGGCUGUGAAGCGCCUUUUGCCCAAGCGUCGCAACGACCACGACGUGUGCACGUUUCUGGGCGACACGCGGCUCUUGGCAGUGUUACGCCAUCCAAACAUUGUGGCCGUGCUCGGGCUGGCGUGGCACACCAAAGUGCAUAUUGAAGUUGUAUUGGAGUAUAUGGACGGGGGCAAUCUGAGGCAGGUUUUGUCGACGACCAACCCAUUGUCCAUGGGGUGGCUCGGCAGUAAGCAAGAAAUCGCCAUGGACGUGGUCGAUGCACUGGUGUAUCUCCAUCAAGAAGAGAUUGUGCACCAGAAACUCGCCGCGGAGACGGUGCUCAUUCACUCUGGCCGUCGGGGCAUCGGCGCCAAACUUGGCAACUGCGGAAGCAUGUACCGACAGCCUCGACCGACUUCAUCGUCCCAGAGGACGACGCUGUCGAUUUUCUCACCCAAGUUAAGUCCAGAUGAGGCCCACCGGCAGCUACAGCGAAGGAAAUGGAUGGCUCCGGAGGUGCUUCGCGGAAACGAGCCGACUCGCGCCGCCGACAUGUACGCGUUCGGCGUGCUGCUGUCCGUUUUGGACACCCACGAUGACCCGUUUAAACGAGAAGCCAUGGACGAGGCGCUGAUUUUGCAGCGAGUGAGUCUCGGGGACUUGCGUCCGACAUUGUCACUACUGUGUCCCCCCUUUAUCCAUGACAUCGCCCAGCGGUGUUUGGACGUAUCUCCAGAGCUCCGACCCACCGCCCUUGUCGUCGCGGGCUGGCUCCGCACCCCCGGCCUCUGCAGUCCGUCUUUUGUGUCGACGUCCGUCGUGCACACCCGUCGCGGCAGUUUGCCGUUAAGUGCAUCAAGUAGCAGUUACAACGGGAGUUUGCCGUCGUUGUCGAUGGGUCGCGUACCGAGCAAGGCAGAAGCAGCGUACAAUGUCUUAUGAGAAAAAGCACGAGCCUCC